AUGGUGUUACUGGGCAAGGUGAUCUGGAGAGAACACCUGAGUGACCAUCCAAUAUCAGGGCAGCUGCUAAUAGACAUAGACCUGCCAUCAACUGAUUUAUUCAGACCACAUCACUGGCAGCAUCACCGAGAGACCAUCACGAUCCUACUUUGUUUACGUAAAAAGCAAGUAGACUUGGAGGAAGUUAAGAUAAAGUUUGAGAUUUGGGAUGCCCAAAUGUGGAACCAGAGGCUAAGGUCAGUACCAAGACAUUCAUGUUUUGUGUUAGGGAUUUUCAUGCUGUUGGUAAUGUUUCUGCCCAGCAUGUACUGUUUAGGACGAGGACAUUACUCUUCCUAUGAAAUAGUGAUCCCCAAGAGUCUGACAGUCAAGGGAACUGAAGACCCAGCGGAAAAGACAUCUUACACGCUACUUAUGCAAGGCCGGAAGCAGCGGGUUCACCUGAAGGUGAGGAGAGACUAUUUUGUGCAUGACUUUCCAGUCUACAGUUACCACAACGGCAUCCUGGGACAAGAAAUUCCUUCCAUCUCACAUGACUGUCACUAUGAAGGCUACAUAGAAGGAGUGCCGGGUUCUUUUGUUUCUGUCAACACCUGUUCAGGUCUCAGGGGCAUCCUGAUUAAGGAGCAAACAUCCUACGUCAUCGAGCCCAUACUCUCUUCCAAACGGUUUGAACAUGCGUUAUACAGCGUGGCACAGCAAGCUCCAGUCUCCUGCAGCAUCUCUCCCAGAGACAGCCAAGCGGUAUCCACCAGCCAGCAGCAAGAGAGCAGGAAGCCUCACGAUCUACAGGCACUGUCCUACUUGUGGUCACGCACCAAGUACGUGGAGAUGUUUGUUGUGGUCAACAACCAGCGGUUCCAGAUGUGGGGCAGCGACGUCAACGAGACAGUGCAGAGAGUAGUGGACGUCGUUGCUCUGGCCAACGUCUUUACUCGAGGAAUAAACACAGAGGUGGUGCUGGCUGGGAUGGAGAUUUGGACCGAGGGGGACCUGACAGAGGUCCCAGGGGACCUGCAAGUUACACUCAGGAAUUUCAAUAGCUGGAGACAAGGGGAGCUCCUCCCUCGUGUGAGGCACGAUGUUGCCCACAUGAUCGUUGGGCAUCAUCCUGGAGGGACCUGGGGCCAGGCAUUUCUCAGUGGAGCCUGUACAAGUGGUUUUGCGGCGGCUGUCGAAGCUUUCCAUCAUGAAGAUGCCCUCCUGUUUGCAGCGCUCAUGGUCCACCAGCUGGGGCACAACCUGGGUAUUCAGCACGACCACUCCGCCUGCGUUUGUAAAGGUAGGCACUUUUGCCUCAUGCAUGAAACUGUCACUAAAGAAAGUGGCUUCAGCAACUGCAGCUCUGACUACUUGUACCGCUUCCUUCAUGAACACAAAGGGGCCUGCCUAUUUAACAAGCCACGGCACAAAAGCCGCGGGCGCAGGGACGCCAAUUGUGGAAAUGGUGAGGUGGAGGCCCCGGAGGAGUGUGACUGUGGUUCUGCUUGUGACGGUGACCCAUGCUGUGAACCAACGUGUAAACUGAAGGAGAAUGCACAGUGUAGUCGUGGACUCUGUUGUGAUAAGUGCAGUUUCAAAAAGGAGGGGGUGGUAUGUCGUUUUGCUCACCGUGAGUGUGACCUCUCAGAAUACUGCGAUGGGAAUUCUGCAGAAUGUCCUGAAGACAGUUACAAACAAGAUGGCACGUUGUGUGAUAGAAUUUACUAUUGCUUUGAGGGUCAGUGUAGGUACCCUGACUUGCAGUGUCUGAAUCUAUAUGGGUACCCUGCAAGGUCUGCCCCAGAGGCCUGUUACUUGUCAAUGAACAGCAAAGCACACCAGUUUGGAAACUGUGGCCAUCCCACUGAGAAUGCAGCAUAUAUUAAUUGUACCGGUGAUGAUAUAUUUUGUGGAAAACUUAUAUGUACAGAUGUUCAAGCCCUGCCACGGAGGAUGUCGCAUUAUACGCUGAUCCAGGUUGCCCAUGGAGAUGACUGGUGCUGGAGCAUGGACGCCUAUAACACUACCGAUGAUGAUGUGGAACACGGCAGUUACUGUGCCCCAAACAAAAUUUGCGAUGGUUACGUCUGCACUGAAUAUUCUGUGCUCCACCAUGACUGCGAUUCAGAGUUACUGUGUCAUGGGAAUGGAGUGUGCAACAAUUUAAGACACUGCCAUUGUAACGACGGAUUUGCACCCCCUGACUGUAGAUAUCCAGGAUAUGGGGGUAGUGUGGACAGUGGUCCUGUUGUUAAGGUACCUGAAAUACCUUUAAGUACAAAUAGCCCUCAUUUUACUAUGAAGACUAGAAAUUUGAACUUCAGAGUGAUAAUAAUCAUAGUCCCUCUAUUUCUUAUCCUUUUACUGUGUUCUCUACUUGUAAUUGCUUACCUCUGGUCUGAAGUAGAGGAGGUGGUGGCAUCAGAGAAGUCCGAGGAAUCGGAAUAUUCUUCAGAAAUCCCAUCAGAGGUGUCAGCUGAGGUCCCACCACCCGAGGCUGCCCCACCACCCGAGGCCGCCCCACCACCUGAGGCUGCCCCACCACCUGAGGCUGCCCCUCUGCCCAAAGCAGUACCACCACCCACAUAAGCUCUGCCUCCCAAAGCCCCAGAAAAGCCUGCACCAAAAAAGGAAGCAAGUAAAGGGCAUGAAAACGUAGAGUCAGAAUUUUAAUGGAGGAUAAAGCCAAAUACAAUAAAACACCUCAGAGAACCAAAUGUGAAGUAACUAUUUACAUCUGUAGUGGCUUUGACUGGACUGUAUCAUACUAACGUGAAGAAGAGAUUAUUCCGCUUUUAAUAUAUGUUGAAAUAUAUAACUAUAAGUUGGUUAUAUU